AAAUCGGAUUUGAUCAAAAAAUCGGAAUUGAGCAUUAAGACCUGCAGUGUGAACCUAGCCCAAGGGCUAAAUGGACUUUUUGCAUUCAAAAAUGACUGGACUGAUUAAUCAGCUGCAGAUUUUUCUAUUUAUUUUGCUUUUGUUUAAUUCUGCUGCUCUCUGGCUAAACUCUGCAUGUCUUAAUUCUCUUUAAAUGUGAACAUUAACAUGCUGUGUAAGCACAGACUGUAGCUGGUGAAGCAGACAAUGAAUAUGUGAAUCAAUACGGUGCACAGCUGUUGCGAGAAGCUUUGACCUUUGGUUACAGAGAACAAAUAGUCUGAUGUCUACAAUCUGCUUGAGCUUCUCUGCAACAUGUCAUUUAAGUUUCUUCUUUCAGCAGUUGACAUUCUUAGGUGCCUUCAUGCAGUAUUGACUGCACAGUCUGUUCUAACUGUGAGAUGCCAUCUAAAAGUAGAUAUAUGCUCGUGCAUAAUUGGGUUUCUUUAUCAGUGCUUGAGUCAUCUUUCCUCAACUUUUCCUCUUCUUUCUAGAAAUCUCAUUAUCAUCUCUAUCAUCUGUUAGAGUACUCACUAUGGAACUGGUCUGCAAAGGUUACGUGACGUGAACGUUCUUCCUUAAACAACAAAGAAAACAGGAGAAGCUGCUCCUCCAGUGGCGUCUGUGACGAUACAACCAGUGUUGAUCAGGUGGGCGUUUAGCCGCCCCGAAGCUGCCCACCUCAUCAGGCACCUGUGGCCUCCUGACUGAUGCCAUGGUAACAAAGCUGCAGCAAAAUGAAAGUGUGCUGAAGGUCAAAGACAAUUCAGACUUGUAGAUGGACUGUUGAGAGGGCGCGGGGCGGUAAGAGACGAUGUGCCCGAAGUGUCAUUCGUGCCGCUCUCCUGUCUUGUGGAGUGUGGGAGGCACUUAUUGGCUCGUCAUUAUGGUUCAACAGAGCCUCUUGAUGCACAUAAAGCCCUCGUCACAGCCACCCAUACGCCUUCGCUGAGUGACCUCCUUUGCGUCCUUUAGGCUCAAGAAUGUUACACCCUGAAACCUCUUAUAUAGUGAGAGUCAUGUCAUGACAUCGGUUCAAUCUGAUCAAAUGUACGACAGAUGUACACAUGAAAUGUUCACGGCUGAAACAUGCAUUCAUUUUUGAGUCUAUCUCUGGUUAAACCCAAAAUCUAAAGCCAAAAUUUCAUUGUUGACCUUAGUUUUCUUCAUAAUGAACAUUCUCAUAUGUUGUGUUACAGUUUAAAUAGCAAAAUCGCACCAUGUUACGUGUGAUGUGGCGUGACAGAAACAAGCAUUGGUUACCUGAACGAUUGGUCUUUCUUGACACUUCACUGGGGAAAACUUCAAAAAGUGGAUGUUGGGUGAGCUUUCAAGGGUCAUAUCACUAUGUGGGAUAGAUAGCUGCUCAAAACAAGAGCAUAUAAAAGGUCACCUUUUCAUUUUCACACAGGACUCAUCUUUUAACUGUUAUUCUUUCUGUAUCAAAGUAAUUUUCUAUUGCAGCAAAUUCUACUUGGUUGUCUCCUGUGAGAGCCAGUCAUCAUGUCGGGCUGCGUGUGGACAGUGAACUGGCAUUUACAGAGCACUUUCCAGUCUUACAGAUCACUUAAAGUGCUUUAGAGUACAAGAGAGAUUUAUACACAUACAGUCCUUUUUUUCUGUACAUUUAAAGCACUUUAUCCAUCUCUCAUCCAUGGCCAGGUUUGAAUCACCAACAUUUCAAGCCUAAGAUGCAGGACAUCUGGACAGUGGGAGAAAACCCAUGCAGGCACCAGGAGCACGUCCUUCAUCACAGGAAGGAACUAGCCAGGCUUUGAUGGCUUUAAUUGGCUUUAAUUACUUAACUUUUUAUGUCCUCUUCCCUUGUAAUGAUAACUGUCACAAUGGAGGUGUCAUUGUUGCCACUUUUUUCAUUAUAUUGGAUUACAAUGCAUCAAAUUUGCUUGGAAAUCUGGUUAUCUGCUACCUAUGGAGCACAGAUAUUGUUAAUAAAAUCCAUUCUGUUCCUACUGUGACACAUCCAAACAUCUACAGUGAGAAAUCUGUUGGGGGUUUUUUGUCUUUCACCACAUACUCCUUUAGAAUAAGCUAUAAAGACAGUUAUUGCUAACUGCUGAAAUAAAACAAAACACACACACAAUACAGUGAAGUGGAUUCUGUGCUAUAACAGGCAAUACUCACUGUUGCCAAUGGUACUCAACUCCACAUUGUUCCCUUUGUAUCACCAUCGUCGCAAUAGUGAAGCACAUCCUCUUAUGGCUUUUUACUUUAGUACUCUCUGAUGUGUAAAAGAUGGCAUGAAUCAUGCAUCUGAUUGUCAAGCCACCAGUCUGGCUUCCACACUCAGCAGGUCUGGCUUGAUUGCCUUCAUGAAUCUAUAUUAAAGGCCUGAUGUGUGGCUGAAACCAGUAUGUUAUGUGGCGGACUGUCCUCCGCAGGGUCUUGAACUCCUCACGAUGACAUUGUCAGUUCCGACGGCCGUUCUCUGGCUAUUUUGAGUAAAAUCACAUGCUGUGCUGCAGUACAGUGACAUUUAAAUGGAGACAAGCACAAGAGACUGGCUGUGCCUCUCUCUCAUGUAGCUCUUUUGUAAGGGAAGCUGUAUAUUUCAGAUCAGUAGGGAGUGGGCAGCAUAAUGCGUGGGUCUAACCUCUCCUCCGUCUCUGAUCACAACGUCAAUAUCAGUAAAUGGAUGCGUGCAUUUCUCUUCCCUUUCCUCGGGCUUUUUUUUUCAUUUUCCUGCUAUCCCUGUAUGGCCUUUUCCUCUUUUUUUCCCCUUUGUAGACGUACACAGUAGAAACCUGUUUAACCAAGAAAAAAACUAAAUAAUGAUGGUAUAUUGUAAUAUUAGAGCAGGUGGCCCGUCUUUCCAUUGGUGACAUUAUUCUGAAUCUGGAUCAGUGUCGUUUCUCUUACCUCAUGUGUUCAUGUUCAUAGCUUGUUUAAGGGGACAUAUAAGUGGCUGUGGAGUAACUGACAUUUAGCAGCUGGUAUCCUUACUAAAAAAGUCAAACAAGGAGUUGUGUCAGACGCUUUAUGUUCAGGGAAACCAACAGGGAUGCAAAUGUGGCAAGAUCAUUUAUGCACCAUAUAUUAGCUAUGUUUGGAUUAAUAGCUUAAUUUACUUGAGUAUGUUAAAGGAGUAAGAAGAACAAUUUUGAGGGAAUCAUGAGCAUAAAAGUAAAAAAUCUAUAUUGGGCAAAUAAUAUGGUGCCACUGAAAUGCAUGUAGUUAAUGUCUUUGACUGGAUAAUUUAGGACAGCAACUGCCAUAACUGUAAUAACUAUUUUUUUAAAUCAGUUAGUCUAACAAUGCACAGUUUUCUUUUUUUUUUUAAAUCAUUAUUUUAAAUUGUCUAAUCAACAGAAUUGCAACCACAAUUUGUAUUAUAACAUUGAAAUGUAUUGUUUUUCAAUUAAUGUUACUGUUGUGCAAGAAACAAGGAAUACAAAGGAAUAAAAGGCAGCUGACACUUCUGAUUCAAAAAUGAAUGAGGAAAAUAAAUAAAAGCUUGAAAGCACUCUAAAAGCACUUGUAUCCCUGCCUCUGCUGGGCUAUGCAUGGGGAGCCCCAGUAGCAUAAUGGUGAGGGCAUAUAACAGAAAUCCAAAACAUCCUUAGUUCACUCAUGAACUGCAUUUUUUUCCCUUUUUCUCCCCUCCUGCUAUCAGAAAAUGAAAUAAUCAUCAAACAAGGCUUACCACAUAACAUUUUAUGUAGUGUAUAUAUAUUAUUUUUGUUUCUCUCAGUUCCAGUGGUGGAUGCUCAUAAUAAGGAUUGGUUAAAAAUGAAUUAGUUAGCAUAGCAUAUGUGCAGAUAAUCCUACUGAGCCAAAAGCUCAGGUGUCCGAUUGCUCUAAAUGCCCUGUUUCUAAUAGUUUCUCCUGUUCUGUUGAUGUUGAUGAAGGUGGGUAUUCCUAAUAUGGUCAUCUCAGGCACACAGCUGUGCAUGUUGCAGCCCCUCCCACCUGCAGUGCAAACCUUUUCUCUGUGAGGGGCAGCCAAUUAGAAGAAAAUUGUAUGAAAGAGAAGAAGGGAAGGGGCCCAGUAUAAAAGAUGGCUUAUGGCUUAUGCACAGAUGCUCUAGUAGAGGCAAAGAAAAAAAUGUAUAGAGACAGAGCUUAGCAUAAUGGAGCCUCUUUGUCUCUCUAAGCUUAUCAAUUUUGUUUGCUUGCUAACUCAAAUUCCUGCCUAUAUUUCAGUUUAAUUCAGUUUUAUUUACACAGCACUUAUUCCCAAUAAAUCCCCUGAAGAUGCUUUAUAUUGAAAGAGAAAGACAAUGUAAUACGCUUUGCAAUGGUAGGAAGGAAGAACGCCCCAUUACCAGGAAGUAGUCAUCUGCUGUGACCAGUUAGAGUUUUAGGCUUUAUUAUUUUUGCAGCAGUCAGUAAAUCCCAUGAAAUCCAUUCCUGCCUUGUAUGUUUAGUCUGCAUUUGUGUUAAAUCUAUUUUACUGACAAAAGCCAUGACAGCUUAUUGAUUAUAUUUACUGGAUAUCUUUAAAAUCUAGUAACAAGUUUCCAGAAUAUUCAGUGGAACAAAAAAGGGAAUUUAAACAUAACCUAAUCAGCAGAGAAAAUAGCAUUUGUGUCUAUAUAUACACUCAAAUUCAUGAAACAGUACAGAAAAAAGAGCAGGCUGGAGUGAAUACUAUUAUCUAGAAGCUCCUGCUAUGCCUCAAUACACAAGAAAAUGUUAAGAAUUUUCACAAAGGCAUCUCUCAGCUGUACCUCCCUGAUGGGUAUUGAGCGCUCUGCUGUAUUGUAUCUCUGUAAUACUGGAGCUUUUAAGACAUCACCUAUAUCCAUACUGCGCCUGUCUACAAAGGAAGUGCAUGUAGUCUAGAAAAAGAAUCUUUUGUGCGACUAAAAUAAUAGAAAUCGAAGAAGCAAUUUGAGAACCGAUGUAUCACAUAUGGAUUUGGGAGAAAACACAUGUACUAGAUAGUGGAGCAUAAGCCUCCCACCUUUCAGUUUUCUCUUGUUGCUUUUGUAAGAUGCCACUGAAAGGAAUUUUAAAAAUGGAUACCCAUCCUGUUUUUCCACCUUCACUAGCUGUGUAACUAAAAAUGUGAGAAAAGUAUUUCACAUUUGUGAAAAACCUUAAAUAAUUGAAUUAUUUUGUGUAGGCAUGUUUUUCUGCCACCCAUGAUAGAAAAGAUGCUUACAAAAGAUAAUCAGAACUUUAUUCUAUUUAAAUCCCAUUUCCAUGUGAACAAGAUCAAAUAAUGUGAUUACCAAAAUGUUAUAUUAAUAUUAACACUAAAAAUUGACUGACGCUGCAGCUCCUUCCCCUUCAGCUCAUUUUUUUAACACCUUCAGAUUUACUGUUGUCAGUUCUCACAGCUUUCAUAGUAUUGUUUCCAGCUGUUUUCACUCCGCAAAAAUCAGUGUUAAACCCAUAGACUGUAUAUUAAAGAUGGACGCAGCUCCAUGAUGUCACUUACUGCUUUUUGUGCUGUGGUUUUGAAGCCUUGGGUUUCAUUACUAGGGUCUUAGCCUCUUUUGAGUAUUUAAUUAAAAAGUGAUGGUGAUGGAUGAAAGCAUAAACCCCUGGGGUUGUCAGCUAAUGCUAACAGUAGCUUGCUAGCUUUGCCUGCUAGGUGCAUUAGUUAGGGGGGGGAUAAACAGGCUUAAAAACCGAAUUGGGUAAUUUUUUAAUUUACUUUUAAUGUAUUAAUAAUUUAAAUACAUUUUUUAUUAUUUAACUAUUAAAUUCAAUAUCAAAUUAUAAUCACAUUUUCUGCAGGAAAUUAAUUUUUUCAGUUAUCUGCAUUAUGAGUAGACACAGAAAAGCCAGACCUGCCUUUUCAUGUGCUUGACCUCUUCAUGUGAGAGACGGACAGAAUUGGCACAAAAAUCUAUCUAUGAUGCUAACACAUAGCUGGCAGCAAUUCAUCCCCAGACCCUGAGAGUGGAUACCUCAGUACCAGCUGAGGUUUGGGUUGGGGUUAGAGCUUACUCCAGCUGUCAUAUGGCAAGAAGGGGGAAAAGUCCUGGAAAAGUCACCAGCAUCUCAGGGCUAAUACAAAUACACAAGGGUUCACACCUAAGGCCACUUUAGAAUCACAAAUGAAUGAAUUUCUCUUUUGCUAACCACUGCACCGCCAUGCUAUGGUUAGGAUGUUCCUGUAAAGUCUUGUGUUGACUGCUUUUCAUCAACUUUGAUGAACAUGUGGAAAUCUGCAGGCAUGUGAAAAGUUCAGCAUCAUGCUUUUAACUCAUUAUUGGGAAGCAAAGAAGUAAUGCAACGAGUAGUGUAACAAAUUACUUUCUCCGGAGAGUAUUUUGUAAUACAUUACUUAAAUGGACCGUAUCUGUCACUCAAAGCAGCUACACCCCAAAAAUGAUGUUUUAUAGUAAAAUGUACCUCCUGUAGUUGUCACAAAGGGUGAAAAUGGCUACAGACACCAUACAGUUUAACAUUGGAAGCUAUGAGGGUUGUUUGGAGUUUGCCUCAAGUGGUCAUUUGGGGAACUGCAGUUUUGACACUAAUGUAUCAGCAUCAGUUUUCAGUUUUAAAGGUUGCUGCUUGGUUGCGGCUAGUGUACGCCAACUGGUUAUCACCUACACAAAGACAGGCGACUUAGUAAUCAAUAUUCUGGUGCAGUCGUGGCAGAUAGAAUCAGAUAAUUCUCAGACUUAAUGGACCCACAAAAGGCAGCUUGUGUGUUCUGCCUCUUAUUAGACAAAAAUAAUAGUUCAAGUAGGCAUACAGUUAGUACCCUUUAAAGUGAAUCUGAUAAUAAUUAAUGACUGAGCUGAAUAGAAAAGGUUAGGUUUGAAAAUGACUGGUUUUUUAAGAGUUAAGUCAUUUUACCGCGGCUGAAUAAGAGAGAGAAGGAGGAUGGGGGAGAGUUAUCGCUGCCAGAAAGCGAGAAGAGGAGGAGCAGGAGGAAGAGGAGGAGGAGGAGAGGAGAGCAUGAGAGUGAGAGAGAGUUGCCUGUCUGCUUGUGUUUGUGGGUAUGCGAAUGUGUGAGCGUGUGCAUGCGCGCCUCAGUGAGUGUAUGCGUGCUGACACCUGGCGCUCGCAUCACAUUGUGGAGAGCUCUCUGCCUGUCUGGGCUGUUCUUUACCUCUCUCUCGCUCCCUCUUUUCCCUUUUAUUCCCUCCCUCUAUCUUUUGUCCUCUUCUCUUUGCCUUCUUUCUUUCCUGUAUUUUUUUUCACCUCACUGUGCCUUUAUUAUCUCCUCUCUCUCUCUUUUUUUGUUUAAGCUCUCUCUUACUAUGGUGCAGGAUUUUUAUUGCCUAGGCAGACGGGGGAACAACUGACAAAGAUGGUGGGAGCGAGGACUUGGCAGACCCCCGCUCGCCCAGUCUAGACCCUCACCUGAGCCACAUCGGCCAAGGUGGCAGCAUAGACAGCGACUGUGCCUUUGAAGGAGACUACAACGUGCCCCCUCUUUCAAUGACUGAGGGCAUGCAGCAUAUUCGCAUAAUGGAGGGCGUGUCACGCUCUCUGCCCUCCUCCCCGCUGCUCACCCAUCAGACCAUCAGUGUCAGGCUGCAGCCAAUGAAGAAGCUCACAGCCCCUCUGCGGAAAGCAAAGUUUGUGGAGAGCCCUCGCAUUCCACAAUCAGAGCUUGGCUCCCCUACACACACCUCCACCACUGCCAAGAAUCCAGACCUGGACACAUACUGCCCUGGGGAGUCAAGCCAGGAGCUGGGGCCCCCUCCGUCCGUGGAUGAGGCAGCCAACACAUUGAUGACGCGCCUGGGUUUCCUUCUCGGAGACAAACUGAGCGAGGGGCCAGCCGGUACCCAGUACAGCAUGGAGGAACCCGAGGCGAGACAGGGCCAGAACCAGAGGAUCAGCCCGUGUUCCACCCUGACCAGCAGCACUGCCUCCCCACCUGCAGGCAGCCCCUGCUCAACCCUCCCCCCUGCCAUGCCGGGCCAGGCUGGCAACAGGGACUGCGCCUACGGUUCUGUCACUAGUCCCACCUCGACACUGGAGAGCAGGGACAGCGGGAUUAUCGCAACUCUGACCAGCUAUUCGGAGAACAUGGAGCGAGGCAGCAAAUACGGCGAAGGCUCGCGGGGAAACCUGAAACUGUGGCAGUCUCAGAAAUCAGGCAUGGACUCGUUCCUAUACAGGGUGGAUGAAAACAUGACCGCCUCCACCUACAGCCUCAACAAAAUCCCUGAGCGAAACCUGGAGAGCAUGUCCUCCCAUUCUGCCCACUCCAUCCCUCUGUACCUCAUGCCCCGCCCUAAUUCUGUGGCUGCUACCAGUUCGGCCCACCUGGAGGAUCUAGCAUACCUGGAUGAGCAGAGGCACACUCCAUUACGCACCUCGCUGCGCAUGCCCAGACAGAGCACCACCUGCGGGCCGGGUCGCUCCGGGCAGGAUCUGAGAGCUUCUGCAAAUAGCACCCAUGCCUGGCAAUCGCAGUCACUGCGUUUUGCUCCCUAUCGGCCUCAAGACAUCGCCCUCAAACCUCUGCUGUUUGAGGUGCCCAGCAUCACCAUGGACUCGGUCUUCACCGGCCGCGAAUGGCUCUUCCAAGAGAUCGACGCCCACCUCAACAACCCCAACGUCAGCACCAACCAGGGCGUGGUGAUAGUAGGCAACAUCGGCUUCGGCAAGACGGCGAUUAUCUCUCGCUUGGUGGCGCUCAGCUGCCACGGCACCCGCAUGAGACAGAUUGCUUCAGACAGCCCCCAGGCCUCACCCAAACAUGGAGAGGGGCUUCCUCUUACCCAACCCCAGCCUACGCAUGGCACCCUUGGAGGAGGCAGCUGUCCCGGGACCCCAGAGAUGAGGCGACGUCAGGAGGAAGCCAUGAGGAGGCUGGCAUCUCAGGUGGUGGCGUACCACUACUGCCAGGCAGAUAACGCCUACACCUGCCUGGUGCCAGAAUUUGUGCACAAUGUUGCGGCUCUCCUGUGCCGCUCACCGCACCUAGUCGCCUAUAGGGAGCAGCUGCUGAGGGAGCCACACCUGCAGAGCAUCUUGAGUCUGCGGUCCUGCGUCCAGGACCCCCUGGCCUCCUUUAGGAGAGGGGUCCUGGAGCCUUUGGAUGCACUUUACAAAGAGAGGAAGAUUAACUCUGAGGAGGAUCUCAUUAUCCUCAUUGACGGCCUCAACGAGGCUGAGUUCCACAAACCAGACUAUGGAGACACCAUUGUCUCCUUCCUCACCAAAACCAUCAAUAAGUUCCCUCCCUGGCUCAAACUGGUGGUCACAGUCAGGACCACGCUACAGGAGAUCACCAACGCGCUGCCUUUUCACCGAAUCUCUCUGGACAGCCUGGAGGAGAAUGAUGCCAUAGACCAGGACCUGCAGGGCUACAUCCUGCACCGCAUCCACAGCAGCCCGGAGAUCCAGAACAACAUCUCGCUCAAUGGCAAGAUGGACAACACCACCUUCGGCAAGCUCAGCACCCACCUCAAGGCCCUGAGCCAGGGAUCCUACCUGUACCUCAAACUCACCUUUGACCUCAUUGAGAAGGGCUACCUUGUCCUCAAAAGCUCCAGCUAUAAGGUGGUUCCAGUCAACCUGGCUGAGGUAUACCUGCUGCAGUGCAACAUGCGCUUCCCCACACAGUCAUCGUUUGAACGGGCGCUUCCCCUGCUCAACGUGGCUGUGGCCUCGCUCCACCCGCUGAAUGAUGAGCAGAUAUAUCAGGCCAUUAACGCUGGUUCGCUGCAGGGCACCCUGGACUGGGAGGAUUUCCAGCAGCGUGUAGAUAACUUGUCGGUCUUCCUUGUGAAGAGGAGGGAUGGCACCAGGAUGUUUGUUCACCCCUCCUUCAGAGAGUGGCUGAUCUGGAGAGAAGAAGGGGAAAAAACAAAAUUCCUGUGCGACCCUAGGAGUGGGCACACCCUUCUGGCCUUCUGGUUCUCUCGGCUGGAGAACAAGCUGAACAGGCAGCAGACGAUUGAGCUGGGCCAUCACAUCCUCAAAGCACAUAUCUUCAAGGGUCUCAGCAAGAAAGUCGGAGUUUCCUCAUCCAUCUUGCAAGGCCUGUGGGUAUCCUACAGCACAGAGGGUCUCUCAGCUGCUCUUUCUUCACUCCGAAACCUCUACACUCCAAACAUCAAGGUGAGCCGGCUGCUGAUGUUGGGCGGCGCCAAUGUGAACUACCGUACAGAGGUGCUGAACAACGCCCCCAUCCUCUGUGUCCACUCCCAUUUGGGCUACAUGGACAUGGUGGCUUUGCUGCUUGAGUUUGGCGCUUCUGUUGACGCACAGUCUGAAAGCGGCCUCACGCCGCUGGGCUACGCUGCUGCUGGCGGGCAUAUGACAAUUGUGACUGCACUCUGCCGCAGGAGAGCGAAGGUGGACCACUUGGAUAAGAAUGGUCAGUGCGCGCUGGUUCACGCAGCCCUCAGGGGCCACAUGGAGGUCGUGAAAUAUCUUAUCCAGUGUGACUGGAGUAUGGGGUCGCAACAGCAGUCACCGCAGACUCAACAACAGUCGACCUUCACCAAGAGUCACGCAGUCCAGCAGGCUCUUAUCGCUGCAGCCAGUAUGGGAUACACAGAGAUCGUGUCUUACCUGCUGGACCUGCCAGAGAAAGAUGAAGAGGAGGUGGAGCGGGCUCAGAUCAAUAACUUUGACACCCUGUGGGGAGAGACAGCUCUAACUGCAGCCUCUGGUCGUGGGAAGCUGGAGGUUUGCCGUCUGUUACUGGAGCAGGGUGCAGCUGUGGCUCAGCCCAACAGGCGAGGCAUCGUCCCACUGUUCAGCGCCGUCCGGCAGGGACACUGGCAGAUAGUGGACCUUUUACUUACACAUGGAGCAGAUGUGAACCUGGCUGACAAGCAGGGUCGUACACCUCUGAUGAUGGCUGCCUCAGAAGGACACCUGGGAACUGUUGAGUUUUUACUAGUUCAAGGAGCCUCCCUGUCAUUGAUGGAUAAGGAGGGUCUAACUGCUCUGAGCUGGGCGUGUCUGAAAGGCCAUUUACCUGUUGUCCGCUGCCUGGUGGAGAGCGGAGCCGCCACUGACCACGCGGACAAGAACGGACGCACGCCCCUCGACCUGGCUGCCUUCUACGGCGACUCUGAAGUGGUCCAGUUCUUGGUGGACCAUGGGGCCAUGAUAGAGCACGUAGACUACAGCGGGAUGCGUCCUCUGGACAGAGCAGUGGGCUGCAGAAACACGUCCGUGGUAGUCGCCCUGCUAAAGAAAGGAGCCAAGAUAGGAUGUCAGACGCUGCCCAGUCGGCCCCGAGGUCCAGCCACGUGGGCUAUGGCCACCUCCAAACCCGACAUCAUGAUCAUCUUACUCAGCAAACUCAUCGAGGAAGGAGACAGUUUCUACAAGAAGGGGAAGGUGAAGGAGGCUGCACAGCGUUAUCAGUACGCUCUCAAAAAGUUUCCACGCGAAGGCUUCAGCGAGGACCUUAAGACAUUCAGGGAACUCAAAGUAUCGCUCUUCCUCAACCUGUCCCGAUGUCGAAGGAAAAUGAACGACUUUGGGAUGGCUGAGGAAUUUGCUACUAAAGCGCUCGAACUGAAACCAAAAUCUUAUGAGGCAUACUACGCCAGGGCACGCGCCAAGCGUAGCAGCAGACAAUUUCCUGAAGCCUUAGAGGACCUGAAUGAAGCCAUAAAGCAGUGCCCCAAUAACAGAGAAAUCCAGCGGCUGCUCCAGAGGGUGGAAGAGGAAUGCCACCAACUUAACCAGGAGGAGCACCAGCAGCAGGACCUGGAGCUGGAGCCUCCUCCCUCACCCCCUCCUACACCUCCCCCAGAAGAGGAGGAGUCCCUGUCUCUGUCCAUGCCUCUCCCCCCUCCACCAGAGCCCCGUCUGGAAGACAUGGAGCCCGUACAGGACUUGUUUGAGGAUGAGGACUACCUGGAGCAGGAGCUGGAAGCCAUGUCGAUGGGUCUGCCCCCACCCGAGUCCCUCUCAAAUCCCUCCAGCCUUCCUAUAAUUCAGAGUCCACCCCUCUCCCCCACACAUCCAGAUCAGAUUUACUUGGCUGGAGGCUCACCCAUGGGCCAGCCCUAUGAAUACCACCCCACCUCUUCCUCCAUGUCCUCCCCAACUCGGGGCUCCUACCAGCCCACGUCACCCUCCCUCUCUCCAACACAUCAGAACUCCCAUUACAGACACAGUCCCCCUCACACCUCCCCAGUACACCAGCCAUCCUACCGCUUCAGCCCACCUCCUAUGGGUACCGGGGGUCAGGGGAUGGAUCACCAGAGCCCACCACCUUCCCCUUUACGUCGGGCUGCUCAGUAUAGAGCCAGUCCACCGUUAGAAAGUGUUUGUCUGUACAGGUCUCAGUCUGGGUCACCUGUGCGCUAUCAGACAGAGCAGCUUCCUGGAAGACCCAAAUCUCCCCUCUCCAAGAUGAGCAGCCAACGUUCUUUCCAGCUGAGUUCGCAGCCCUCUUUAUCCUCACAACACCACCAAGCCCAAGGCCUCCGUCUGCAGCCUUCCAUAGCCCAAAUAGUCCGCACAAACCAGCCCAGCAACGUAAUGGGAAAUAGUAGUUAUGGUGGCCAGAUGGGCCACUCCAUGGGUGGUCGCUAUCAAGGGGGUUCGGUGGAUGUAGAGAGCCGCUUGGUGUACCAACCCUCACUGGAUGGACGGUCAAUGUCCCAAGUCCAGGCCAGCCUCAGUUCUGGGGCCCUCUGUCAGCACGGCGGCCGAGGAGGGGUUAUGGAGUCGAGCCUGUUGAAGGAUGAGCUACCCCAGCGCCCCUCCUCUGCCUACCGCGCCAGCAGUGGGGGCCCGGGGGGCAUCCGUUACAGCCAGACACCUCAGAUAAGCCGCAGCCAGUCAGCCGCCUACUACCCAGUCUCUGAACACGUUCUUGAGCGUGCCAAUGCUAUGCCCCCCUGCCAGCUGGGCUCUCCCGAGAUCCCCCAUAUGGUUAGACGCCCUGUGAGUGCCAAUACUACUGAAAUGAAGCAGCAUGUGCCCACCCCUAGGCCUCUCAUCCAUUCUCAGAGUGUAGGCCUUCGAUUCUCACCUUCCAGCAACAACAUCUCAACUGGAUCCACCUCGAAUUUAGCCCCGGGUUUCAGGCCUUCCUCUUCCAUUCAGCAGAUGGAGAUUCCCUUACAAGCCACAUACGAGCGCACCUGUGAUGACAUCUCUCCCAUCUCUCCCUCCCAGGGUGGUGGGGGGUUGUAUCAGGGAGAGACCACUCGCUCCCGCAAUACGCCUUUUAUGGGGAUCAUAGACAAGACGGCUCGGACUCAGCAGUACCUGCAUCAGCCCUCACGGUCCAGGGCAAUGACAUCUAUGGACUCUGCCAUCAGCCCCACCUCCCCCGGUCAGCUGGUCCAGCAAGGUUCCACCUACAGUCCCCCCGCCUCACUGGGUAAUAUCGCCUACUACAACAAGACCAACAACGCCCAAAACGGACAUCUGUUAGAAGAGGAUUACUACUCCCAGACUCAGCCCCCCUCUCUGGGAAAGCUGGCCAAUGGCUCCCGUGGCAGUGGGGACAUCCUGGAACGGGUCAGCCAGGUGCCCACCUACCCAGACGUGAAGGUGGCGAGGACUCUGCCCGUGGCACAGGCCUACCAGGACAACAUGUACCGACAGCUCUCGCGUGACUCCCGGACCCAAGGCCCCACCUCCCCCAUCAAACCAAAGAGACCAUUUGUGGAGUCGAAUGUGUGAUGGCCUGUCUGUGAUUGGAUGGUUGGACUGGGCUUGUUAGUGGAACUGAGAGAGUAAAAAAUAUUUAGCUCGACAGAAGAUGUGAUGGGGUGUGUGUGUGUCAUGGACGAACUCAUCUCAACGAACUCACUAGAGAAAGAAAACCACAAAGCCAACAAACACACUUUAGGGUAUUAGACAUUAUCUUAUAUGAAAAACAUAACGAUGAGAAGUGAUUCUUUCAAUAUCAUAAUCUGCAAACAGGUAGGAUAACAGGAGGAUCGCAAGUUCUAAUCUAAAUCAGAGACCAGAUCACUUCCGACACGUGGCACAUUGUCCCCACGUGUGACCACAUCAGGUGGGACUCCAAGAGUGAAAGUACUACCCAUCGGACUCUACUUGUGGACUCUGUAUCCAUCUUCUGUUCUUUCAAAGUGUGCUCUUAACCAAGGUUGCUAGUAGGCUCUAUUCUAUGUAAUACAAUAUUAUAUGUUCAAUACUGUACAUUGCUCAGAAAAUACAAAUGGCUCAACAACUCAGUACUUAGAGAAAAAUGACAAUAUUUAUAAUUAAGUUAUAUAUUGUACAUAAAAAGAAAACAAAACAUAGUUUGCAUUUUGAAUUUUAUUCUGUUAACCCUGCCUCUGUGUCACACUGCAAGUCAUACGGAUGUGGAAAACCGACCGGUGGACAAGGGACACAGACAAACUUUGACUGAUGAAGUUACCUCUGUUGUGUCAAAAUAAAAAGAAUUUUGCUAUAAUAUAAUGCAAGCGAAUGUGUCAACCUGCAGAUUAUUUUUUGAUAGAUUAGUUAGAAAAUGAUAAAGUUAUCAUUCCCACUUCCCCAGCAACAUCUUCACAACAUAUUUUGCUCUAUCGGCAAACCAAAAGAGUUUAAGGAGAAAGCAGAAGAGCAACAAAUCUUCACCGUCUUUUAAAUUAUAUCAGUCGAUAAUCACAGUAAUUAAAUAUGUAUUGUCUGUCAGGCAAUAAUAGCAAAUUAUUUUGGCUGCAACUUGUCUUUCACUCAGUUGGGUGCUUUUAUCAAAUGGCAGAAAAAUCAAAAUCAAAGUUUGCCUCUGUCCCUCCUCCGUGUGAGCGAUGGUGGAAAGUACUCAGCGACUAAAAGCAAGCAAAUGCAUACACAACCACUGUUACCAACCUUUCCCUUUCUUCUGCAUUGUUUUUAUGAUUUCUUUUAAAUCAUAAUGCAUUUUUAUUCAGCCACUUCUGCACUAAAAUGCCUGACAAGGUCUUAACUAAUGGUGCACUUUAUGUAUUUUACUUACUUUGUUGUUACGAUUGUUACAUUAGGAGUAAGUGAAAGUGGGCGUGUGAUCCGUCAGAUCGCUGAUCAGUGCUAACCAGACUACGACAGACACUUAUUAUGUGAAUUGCAAUGCAGUGGUGAGUGACAAUGUUCAGAAUCUGGGAUGAUAUAUAAACUUUCUAGCACAAGAGGUAUGUAUUGGCUCAGAUAUUUCACUCUGUCCAGUUCAGGUUUGUUAGAUAGUUUGUCUGUUUAGAGAGGCAAAUCAUACUUAAGUAACUCCACCUCAUAAAAAUAUAUUCCUCUAACUCUAAAUCACUGGUUUUGACACUAUGUCCACUGGCACACGUCUUCUAAAUAAAUCGAACCUACUGCAACAACAAAAGCCUGAGAUUUCAGUAUCCAGGAGCUCUGUAAUUUGGAGUUUGAGUCAUAGAGAUGAUGAAUAAUGAAAAUAUUGAAGUAAUUUAUAUAUGUGGGAAUGAUUAUAGACUAUUUGUCUGUAACAUUUUAUUUUGGAUGUCUGAUAAAGAAUAAAUGGAGACAGUUGUCCUCAGUUUCACCUGCUACUGGAGAGAAGCCCUACUUAACUUUACAGAAAUGAAGGUAUAAACUGUAUUAUACUUAAUUUAAACAGGACUUUUUAAGUUGAGGUUAUUUGAGGGUGUAUGGUUUCAAGCUAUCUGUGUAUAUUAGUUCGCUGUAAAUAGUCUGAUGCAUGUUCUAUUCUUUCCAUGACCUCAAGCAGAAACAUGUAUAGCAGUGUCUCUGGUGUGUGUGUGUGGUACAACGUUUGGAUUAAGAUGAGGAGACUGCUAUCCCCCGAACUUAUCCUUGUCAUUUUCCCUCAACCACGCCAGACAAAAAAGUUCUUUUUAUUUUAUUUUAACAUAUUUGCUUGCUGAGCAGAGUUCUCUUGUCUGUAAAUGUGAGCUUUCAGAUCGCUGUGAAGUUUAAUUAAAAACAAUAAAAAAGAAUGUGUUUUUAUCUCA